GGGACAAAGUCGUGUCCUAAUACGAUUAUGGACGAUACUUGAAAUGUGCUAACGUGUAAUUUUUUAAAAGAUAUCUCAAUGUGUAUUGUGUAAUCGAAUAUGUGAUUCUGAUUUUAUAAAAAAGGAAGGAAAAUAACAGUAUGGUGUUGUAAUUCUGUUAUACCCCUAUAAUUAUUUCACCGACUAUGCUUUUGUGGAUAUUAAUCUGCUUGAACCUAUUAACGGUUUCUGUUCUGUGCUUAUCCACAGAAGAAAUAGAAGCUGAAAAAAGUGGAUGGAGUUUUGAUCCAAAUACACAGUACCACGUUCAAACAGAUGAAGGACCCGAAAGGUACUUCCGUUUUCAAACAUUAAAUGGACAAUAUAGAAAAGAAAAGAGAUUACUCGAUGGUACAGUUAUUGGCACAGAGGGCUGGUUAGAUCCUCUUGGAUAUUUACGUCUGAAAGAUUAUAUAGCGGAUAAUAAUGGAUUUCGAAUACUAAGGUCAAAAAUGGUAUAUGUGGGUAAAAACAGACCUAUUUACGAUUCUAUAACGGAAACGAAAAGCGUGCCCGCUCAAAAUGGAAUUCUUGUAGAACCAACACGUCCACCAAAUCCCUUCAGGUAUUGUGUUCCAUUCAUUGGUAAUGAUAUUAGCUCUGAUUAUUACAUCAGUACCACUGCCAAACCUCCUAUAUCUAGUUCGAAUAAUGAUUAUUAUUACAAUGUGAAUCGAGUAAGUUUUUCUUUCAAACCGCACAAUUUUAACGAUUAUUCUUAAUUUUAACAUACUUAUCGUAAUUCUCUUCAGCGUCCGAAUGCAGCACCAAUUUCUCGCUAUGAUCGUUUUAAACCAAAUUUGCAAUUAUCAACCGCUGCUUCCCGAAGUAGUUCCACGGCAUUUCCUGAAUUUGAUGGAACGUAUAAUGUUGUUAACGGAUUUCAAUAUUAUCUGAAACGACAGUAUCACGAAGAGGAACAAGGUCCAACUGGAGCUAAUGUCGGUUCAUUUGGUUAUAUUGAUCCAUUUGGUAUUAGACGAGUUAUUUAUUACAAAACAGAUCCACAAACUGGUAGUUUUGUUCAUCAAAAAAAUAAUAAGUAUGUAGGUUUCGCGGCAACACCUUACGACGUUGCUCCAUCAUUACCUAAUUUAUAUAAACGCAACUAA